AUGUUCCACUGUUUCACCAGCAGGAAGACAAAGGUGCUGAGGGAUUUUCUGGAUAUCUGGCAUAAUAUCCCAUCACUUAUUGAGCUCCUUUCAGAAACCAUGAGAGAAUCACUGAGAAGUAAAACCGGCCACCUGGACCUGUUUGUCCGCUUCCUUCAUGGCCUCUGUCUGGAAUCCAACCAGAGACUCUUAGGAGGUCUGCUGGGUCAGACAGAGAAAAACCCAGGAACCAUCCAGAGAGUCAUCAACAACCUGAAGAUGAUGAACAGUGAUAAAAUCUCUCCUGACAGAAGCAUCAACAUUUUUUACUGUCUGAUAGAAAUGAAUAACCUCUCAAUACAUCAGGAUAUCCAAGAAUUUUUGAAGUCAAAAAACAGAUCAGAGAGACUCUUUGAGAUCCACUGCUCAGCUCUGGCCUUCAUGCUGCAGAUGUCAAAAGAGGUUCUGGAUGAGUUGGACCUGCAGAAAUACAACACAUCAGACCAAGGACGACACAGACUGAUUCCAGCUGUGAGGAACUGCAGAAAGGCUCGACUGGCUCAGUGUGGACUCUCAGAGACUCACUAUGAAGUUGUGGUCUCAGCUCUGAAGUCCAACCCCUCCCAUUUGACAGAGCUGGACAUGAGUGGAAACAAGCUGCAAGGUUCAGGCGUGAAGCUUCUGUGUGCUGGACUGGAGAGUCCAAACUGUCGACUGGAGACUCUGAGAUUGGAGAAAUGCAGUUUGUCAGAUAUCAGCUGUGAUUAUCUGGCCUCUGCUUUGAAGUCCAACCCCUCCCAUCUGAAACAUCUGGACUUGAGUCUUAACAUGAUGCAAGAUUCAGGAUUGGAGCGGCUAUGUGGUUUUCUGGAGGAUCCACACGGGGGACUGCAGACUCUGAGACUGGAGUGGUGCAGUUUGUCACAGGUCAGCUGUUAUUAUCUGGCCUCAGCUAUGAAGUCCAACCCCUCCCAUCUGAAACAUCUGGUCCUGAGGGGAAACAACCUGCAGGAUUUAGGAGUGAAGCAGCUGUGUGGUUUCCUGGAGAGUCCCCGCUGUAGACUGGAAACACUGAGGCUGAGCAUCUGCAGUUUGUCACAGAUCAGCUGUGUUUAUCUGACCUCAGCUCUGAAGUCCAACCCCUCCCAUCUGAAACAUCUGGACCUGUGUCACAAUUACAAGCUGCGGGAUUCAGGAGUAAAGCAGUUGUGUGGUUUUCUGCAGAGUCCAUACUGCAGACUGGAAACUUUGAG